AUGUUCUAGCACGAUUACCAAAUGGAUACAGACUAUUUGAGCAUAUUAAGCAAUAUAAAUCUGGUGAAGUUAGAAAAGAUACCUACCUUUUUGGUGGUGUCGAGUCUGGUAUAAAAUUUCGUUCACCAAACGAAUUCAUUGAUCAUUUGUUAUGGCUCGCAUCCGAUAAAGCUUCACCAUGUGCUUGUAAAUACUGCGGUGGUAAAACUUAUUCUAGUAAAACGAUGAUAAAAUCACAAGAACAAGGAAGAUUUCGACGUGGAGAAUUGGUCUGGGCUACUAAAGAUCAGAUCUUGAAAGCCGCCGAUGAAAAAGAUACAUUAGAUUAUAUCAAGUUUUGGCCGGCCGUGGUUAUUGAGCGUAUAGUUGUACCACCUCAUGUCCUGUAUACAUUACAGCGAAUUUCAGUGGAUGGAACAUUGAAGGUUCGUCAAAACAAGAUUAUGCCGUGGCUGGCACUUGAUCCAGCGGAUCUUACGAAACAAUUUGAUAAUCAAGACAUGACAGAUGAUACUUCACUCGGUUCAAAAUUUCUCAGAGCAGUCAAUCACGCAAAGGAAAUGGCCUCAAUGUACAUACCAAUUAUUAAAAAUGAAUAUGCAUUAAAUUGCAUAAUAUUUGGAGCCGAAGUGUUAAAGGUGAACGACUAUGUUAGAUUGACAUAUCAGAAACUUAACGAUUCUGAAAUGAUGCAAUUACCAGUGUUUAAAAUCACGUCAAUGUCUUUGAAUGAACAGAAUAAACUUGAGAUGAGGGGUGACAUGUUUUUGAAAAUGCCCACGAACG